AUGUGCGACCUCGUGGCCCGCACGGGUCGCCACCAGCAGCGCUACGAAGACGGCCGACGGCUCGUCGCCGGGUGCAUACCAUUCAGGUAUAGAGCUGAUGAAACUUCUGGUGAUGAACAGAAAAAAGUUGUUGAAGUUCUCAUGAUAAACUCCCAAAGCGGACCAGGUUUAUUAUUCCCCAAGGGAGGAUGGGAGAACGAUGAAACGGUUGAACAAGCAGCUGCUCGAGAAGCUAUAGAAGAAGCUGGAGUUCGAGGAGAUAUAGUGCAAUUUCUAGGUUUCUAUGAUUUCAAGAGCAAGACGCAUCAGGACGCGUGCUGCCCCGAGGGCAUGUGCAGAGCAGCAGUGUUUGCGCUGCACGUGAAGGAAGAGCUGGCCUCAUGGCCCGAGCAGAGCACCCGCCGGAGGACCUGGCUGACGGUCCCCGAAGCCACAUCACAAUGUCGGUACCAGUGGAUGCAAGAGGCCUUGCUGACGGGCUUCUCCGAGUGGCAUGAUAACUGGAGCAAAGGGGGCAGUGCAGGUGGCGACCCAAUCUAA